CGUUUCUUGACUAUGUUCAGGUCUAUCAUAGAGAACGUGAAUACAAUCAAAAGUUUUGUGUGUGACAGGUGCUAUAUUUCAAUAACAAACAAUUAAAAAUAGUUUUAAUGGACUUAUAAUAUUAAAAAAAAAAAAAAAUGAAUAGAAAUUUACGUAUUUAUAUUUUUAAUCGAAAUAUUUAUAAAUUGUUCGAAACAAGUAAAAGAUCAGCAGGUCAUAGCAAAUGGCAGAACAUAAAACAUAUCAAAGCAGAAACUGAUCAAGCAAGAUCUAUAUUAUUUAUACAAUUAAGAAAAAAGAUAAAAGAAGCUGUUGUUGAGGGUGGUGGCAGUAUAAAACCAACAAUAAAUUUGAAAUUAGCUCGUGUCAUAGAACAUUGUAAAAAAUCAAACAUGCCUAUGUCAACGAUAAAUAAUAUCCUUAAUAAAAUAGAUGGUUCUAAAGAUAAGACUCAGUCUAUUUUAUUGCAAAUUCAAGGACCAAAAAAUUGUGUCAUGGUUUUAAAAAUUGUGUCAGAUAAUGUAGCAGAUACAAAAAUGCAUCUUAAUUCGAUAUUAAAAAAAAUCAAUGCUAAGACAUCACAAGGCACAAUAAACAGUUUUUUCGACUAUAAUGGCAUUAUAAUAACCGAGGCAAAAUCUACAUUGGAAACGGCAAUGGAAGAUGCAAUAAAUGUUGGUGCUAUAGACAUUGAAGAGAUAGUGGAAGAUGAGAAUAAAUAUUAUAAGUUCAAAUGUGAUCCACAACUUUUGUUAAAAAUAACAAAUCAAUUGAAAAAUCUUGAUUACAGUAUCAUUGAUGCUAAGGAAGAAUUAAUUCCAUUAUCUUGUAUGAAGUUAAGCGACGAAGAUCUACAAGUAGUUAAAUCGGCUCAAGAGAGACUAUUUAAAUUAGAUGAAAUAGAAGAAAUCUAUGAUAAUAUAGAUCAUAAUAACUUAUAAAUCAAUUUGCAGUGUAAAUGCAGAAUUACGUGUAUAUAACAGCAAUGAAUAAAAAUGCAUAUACAGUUGUAAAUCAAAAUUAAAUAAUUUCAACAUUAAACUUUAUAUGACUUAA